GGUGUCAUUUCGUGUGGAAUCAGAAAUAUCCGUCGUUUUUUACGGUUGUAGUGUUGAAAAUUAAUCCAGUGAUUAAAAAUAUCGACGUCCGUAAAUAAUUCCAUGUGUCCUUCACGCAAACGCUUAAAAUAGCCAGUGCAAAGUGCGAUUAUUAAGUGUGCGGUGUCAAGUUGCUCCAAUUGGCUUUUUCGGCGUGUUUCAUGAUGAAAAUGAAGAUUUAUAAGGUUUUAAUAUUAAUUGAAGUCAUUAGAAGCCCCUUGACUGUGUUUCGUAGUGAGAAUUCGGUCUAGAUAAUCUCGUGUGGAAAAGUGAGGUUAGGUGACUCAGAGACCGUUUUUGGUGUUUUUUCGUGGUUGAUGUUCGAUAAGUUGAUUAUUAUGUGUAAGAGUGAUCUAAAUAGAUACAAUUAUUUGAGCAAGUGCUUGGAUAAAGUCAGCGGGAUUGUUACAAAUAAGAUGCACAAUGUAGAGUCGAGCUUUGUCACGUGCAGCAUUGGAUACAGGGCGAGGAACGAUCCUGGGGACUGACAAAAGUUGUUCGGAGGCUGCCAGGAUGGCUAUUUGACAUUGACUUGAUGCUUUCCCCCUGAUUGAUUCGAUGUUUGAUGUCCAGAUUUUCGAUAAUUGUCUUAACCGUGAAGAUUAGCUUGUGGCAGUUGGCGGAAGAAUCGAAAGAGAACGAAACGAACAUUAAAGUGAUGGAAUGCGGGAAAAGUUAGCAGUGUUGAAAAAGUACUUAGUUUUUCGUUGACUUGAACUGUACUUUAUUACUUAAAAAAAAUACAAAAAAUUAAUCAAAUAAAAUAGUGAUUUAAUUGUGCAAUAUGGCGCUCUUCAAGACGGACUAUUCCCGCUUCUCUUGGCGAAGGAAGCGAGACAAGACCAUUCAGGAGCAACACGCUGGAUUGUUAAAAGUAGGUACCAUGCAGACACCUGGCUACUUGAUGUACAUCAACAAGGGACAGGAUGACGAAAUGGAAAUUUGCUGCUUCAAGACGAGCAAAAUCAAAAUCGUUUUUACGUACUUAGCUACGGUACUUACAGGUGGAAUUUUGAGGCUGAUUUUUCAUUGGAUACCGCAUUGGUACGUCUUCGCGACGUGCAAUAAAUGUGCAAUCACUCAAGCGGAGAAAAUCCUAAUCAAGGAGAUAUUUGGAGGUAAGCACAAGAUAUACCACGUCAAAAACCUGAAAGUUUUGACGCCUGAAAGUGUCCAAAAACUCAAAGACGACGACGAGAAUCUACUUAAUUCCCAUCACGUGACCGUGAAAGAGAAUAACCCUGUAUUGUCUGUGCAUUUUGAGAAUGGGGAAUUUCGCGAUUUGGACAAGCUUCUCAUGUUCACUUGUAAAAAGGUGACGUACAUCUGGGAUUCCCGCAAAUUCGAGUUUGUGAAAUUGCGCGGUUUGGAUCAAGGUGUUUCGAGUGAUGUUUUGCAUAGAAACAAAGGAUUAACAAAUGGGGAACAAUUCACCCGCCGAUUGGUUUACGGCCCGAAUAAAAUCACAGUAAAGGAGCUCUCAAUUGUGACGCUUCUUUUUUUGGAAGUUCUUAACCCGUUCUAUAUUUUUCAAAUUGGGAGUUUUAUUUUAUGGUUUUUGGAUGAUUAUUAUUACUACGCCGCUGCGAUUAUUGCAAUGUCCGUUUUUGGGAUUUGUAUGACUGUGAGACAGACGCGAAAAAAUCAAAGGAAUUUGAAAUCAACGGUUCACAGUUCAGAUGUUUGUACUGUUUUGAGGAAAAUACCGAAGAAUUGUGAUGGGUCUGGAGAUGUGUCGUAUCAGACUGAGUCCAUUUCGACCGAACUUUUAGUACCAGGGGAUGUUCUAGUGAUACCUUCACAUGGCUGUGUUAUGCACUGUGAUGCUAUUUUACUCACAGGGAAUUGUAUUUUGAACGAGUCCAUGCUAACGGGUGAAUCGGUCCCCGUGACCAAAACCGCCCUACCUAACCUCCCUGAUCUCAUCUACGACCCUAAAGAACACGCACGACAUACCCUAUUUUGUGGCACUCAAGUCAUCCAAACUCGUUACUUUGGUAAUGAAAAAGUCCUUGCAGUGGUGGUACGCACGGGAUUUUCGACAGCCAAAGGAAGUCUCGUCAGGAGUAUAUUAUACCCACCUCCGGUGGAUUUCCGCUUCGAAAAGGAUUCUUACAGAUUUGUUAUUUUAUUGGCCGGAGUGGCUUUGAUCGGUUUUAUAUACACAGUGGUCACCAAAGUUAUGAGAGGGGUGUCGUCACGUGAUUUAGUAAUCGAAGCUUUUGAUUUGAUAACAAUUGUGGUCCCGCCUGCACUUCCCGCCGCCAUGACAGUUGGACGUUUCUAUGCUCAAAUUCGGUUGAAAAAGCGGAAAAUAUUUUGUAUUUCCCCGAGGACUAUCAACGUUUCUGGCUCCAUAGAUUGUGUGUGUUUCGACAAGACUGGUACUUUAACCGAAGACGGCUUGGAUCUCCUCUGUGUGGUUCCAAUCAAAGCGAAGAAUUUUCACAUGCCUGUGAAGAAAGUCAGUUGUUUGCCUUACGACACUUUUGUUUGUGGUCUUGUUUCGUGUCACUCCUUGACAAUAAUUGAUAAACAAAUAGUUGGUGACCCGCUCGAUUUGAAAAUGUUUGAAAGUACAAAAUGGGUGAUGGAAGAACACGACAUUGCCGACAACAACAAGUUUAAUAUGAUUUUUCCAACCGUGUUAAAACCGCCAAAAAAUCGUGAAAACCAAAAUCUGGACGACCUUCAAAUCGGAAUCAUUCGAGAGUUUCCGUUUUCGAGCAGUUCGCAACGAAUGGGUGUAAUAAUACGGAAGUUGGGGGCCCAACAUUUUGAAUACUAUUCGAAAGGAUCGCCUGAAAUGAUCUUGAAUUUUGUGCGAAGUGAUAGCGUCCCUGACGACUUCCAUGAUGUGCUUGAAAGCUACACUCAGGAAGGCUAUCGGGUUAUAGCUCUGGCGCACAAAGAAUUGAAACUGUCUUAUGCCAAAGUGAAUAAAGUCCAAAGAGACGCAAUCGAGAAAGAUAUGACUUUAUUGGGGUUAAUUGUCCUCGAAAAUCGGCUAAAACCCGAAACUACACCCUGUAUCCAGGCUUUGAAUGAGGCCAGUAUUCGAGUUAUUAUGGUGACAGGUGACAAUAUUCUGACAGCGUUGAGCGUUGCCAAAGAUUGUGAUAUUGUGACACAAGGUCAGAGUGUCAUAACUGUGAAUUCUGAUAACAGUACACCACCGCAACUUUACUACACGUUGACCAACACGAAAAAUAAAACAUCGAAUGAGAUUAGUGUUUUGUCAAAUUCUGCGAGUGUUGUCAGUUUGGAUACGAUUGAGAGUCAAAUUCAGAGCAUUACAACAAAUAGUACCGUGAAAAAAAUGGAGAAACCGCAUUUGUUUAACAAUUAUCGGUUUGCAAUGACUGGGAAAGUUUGGGGAGUGGUUAAGGAGUUUUAUCCGGAGUUGUUGCCUCGUUUGGUCACUAGAGGGACAGUGUUUGCGAGAAUGUCGCCCGAGCAGAAGCAACAAUUGGUCCAGGAGUUGCAGAAUUUGGGAUAUUGUGUAGCGAUGUGUGGCGACGGUGCGAACGACUGUGGCGCCCUUAAAGCAGCCCAUACCGGAAUUUCUCUCUCCGAAGCCGAAUCGUCCGUUGCAAGUCCGUUUACGAGUCGAAAUCCGAACAUUUCGUGUGUCUUGAACGUGAUCAAAGAAGGCCGAGCGGCACUGGUAACUAGUUUCGGUAUUUUUAAAUAUAUGGCAGCGUACAGUCUAUGUCAAUUCGUCUCGGUUUUGAUUUUGUACAGUAUCGAUUCGAACCUAACCGACUUGGAGUUCCUCUACAUCGAUUUGUUUAUCAUUUCGAUUUUUGCCUUUUUCUUCGGAAAAACCGAAGCGUACAGCGGAAAAUUGGUGAAAGAAACACCCUUAAGUAGUCUAAUGAGUGUCAGUCCGAUUCUUUCACUCCUGUUACAAAUGCUGCUCGUGAUUGGGAUCCAAGUUGGCGCGUUUGAACAUUUAAAAUUGCAAAGUUGGUACAAGGAGUUUCACCAUAACGACGCGCAUAAGGACGAAGUCGGGUGUACUGAAAAUUUUGUCAUUUUUACAGUUUCCAGUUUUCAGUAUAUAAUACUAGCGGUGGUUUUUUCCAAAGGUAAGCCGUACCGUAAGUCGAUUUUUUCGAAUUAUGGUUUUUUGAUAACUGCGAUUUUAAUGGCGGCGUUUUCGGUUUAUUUGGCUUUGUGGCCUGCGCAAUUUUUCAUCGAUCAGUUUGAGUUGGUACUGCCUGAAUUUAACUUCCGGGUUUAUUUGCUCGGUUACGCCUCGGUUAACUUUAUUCUGAGCAUUUUUAUCGAGCAAGUGCUUAUUGAUUACGUGGUUUUUAAGAAGUUGCGCUUCAAGUUCCACAAUAUUGAUAAGUCGAAGCGAAAGUUUUUAGCGAUUGAACGCGAUAUUAAUUUGGAUACGAAGUGGCCAGUUUUGACGUCCGAUUUUAAAUCGGCCGCCAGUCCGUUGAAUCCGCUGCCAACUUGCACGGCUGAGAUUGUAAUUGAGAAGGAAAAGUUUGCGAAGAAUCACGUUUUGAAUAAGUUGUAUGAUUUACCGAAUGGUCAAUUACAUGAUGAUCUUCCGUUUUCGAGUUUGCCUUCCGAGUCUAGUCCUAGUUUAAGCGACACUUAUAAGAGUUUUCCGAGCGGAAAUACUAGUUACGAUUUGGCCAAUUCGCAGUGGAAUAUUGCUGAGCUUCCGUAUGAUAGUGCGAACGAUUCGGCACAAAAUUUAUCGAGUUUUAACUCGUUCGGAACAAGUCCGAAAAAUAAUAAAGAGUGUGUUAAGGCAUUAGAAAUGAAUUAUUUAGAAAAUAGGUGAGGUAUAGUUUUAGGUUUAGCGAACGGGCAUUUUGACCCACAAGUAUUAAAUGUAACAGUGUAUCUCUUAGUGUUCUUUAUAGAAGAAUUUAUUUAUCUACACUUAAUUCAUAUCAUUGAGGGUUUUACGGCUUUACUAAACCUAAGUUCCUUUAUUUUUACAGUUUUAUAAAUUGUAAUUUUUAGACUUAAUUGAUGUGUACUUAGCGGAGAAUAAAUAGUUAUUUGUUUGCUCAA